ACGCUUACGUGUCAGAAAUGCCAUCACGGUUUUGAACGAGAGCGGUCAUAAUUUCCAUGAUUUUAUUCACUAGACAUUUGACGCGGGUGAUAACUUUCGUCUGUUGUGCGAAGAAACCGACCAUGGACGAAGUUGGAGCGUCCUAGCCACUAAAGACCUUCAUCCUGUAGAUGAAUACAAUGUUUUCCUCAUCGACCACGCAUGGACGUUCCGCCCUCAUCAAGCUCGAGCACAGCUAGAGCAAUUACCACAGUUAGUCGAUCGUAUGAAAAACCUGCUCGAUAUUAACGGUUCUGAAGAUGAUGAUGAUAAUGCUCUUGAGUCUGAACCCGAAAAUGAAAUCACUUCAGACGAGAAAGAACGGAAAAUAGUCCAAGAAAAACUCGAUGCAUCUGCCAAUGAAGCUUUGCGACUCACUUGCUUGCGCAGCGGUGAUGAUGAUCACAAAAUUGUUGACUAA